GCGUCACGCCGUGACCGUCUUCUAUUGGCUGUUGCUGCUGUCAAUCACCGGUGAGGCGGGAACAGGGACAUUCCUGCUGCUGAUGGAAAAAAAGAGAAAGUUUUCAAAAUGGCGGCGUAAACCUCUGUCCGCUGGAAAACAAUAGAAGCAGAAUAGAAGUAGAAUAGAAGCAGAAUAGAGGCUUAGAGUUAGCCCUGUUCUUCGCUCUGGAGCUCACAUAUCCCGGCUCGGGCUCGGCCGGGAGGAGGAGGGUUAUCCGCGCCGACAGCUCGGGAGAGAUUAAAGUAAAACAUGAUUUAUUUACGAGCUGCCGUUAGCGCGUCCGAGCGUUAGCAGCUAACGGCUAACGGCUACAGGCAGGCGGAGGAUCAGCUGUUUGCUGGACAGCGGACAGCAACACGUUCACAUGAGUGCCGCUGUGACUGAAGGCCAUUAGCAAGACAAAGGUCGCCUCCAUGGAGCCAGCAGAGUCUUUGUAGAGGGCGAGGGGGGGUGAAAAACAGCCAAAUUCAGCAUUUUAUGGACGAAACCUGAGCCGGGAGUUUACUACAAGUCUUUAUUGAUGAUGGCGGAUUUUGUUACACCGCGACACAGCGCGGUGAUGGAGAGGCUCCGCCGGAGGAUCGAGCUCUUCCGGCAGCAUCACAACAGCUGCGAGAGCCGCUACGAGGGCGCGACGCUGGAGCGGCUGGAGCUGGAGCGGCAGCAGACCUUCGCCCUGCACCAGCGCUGCCUGCAGGCCAAAGCCAAGCGGUCCAACAAGCACCGGCAGCCCCAGCCCAGCAGCGACCAGGCCGGACAGAGAGCGCAGAGCGGCGGCGGCGGCGGCGGCAGCAGCAGCGCGGAGCUGGGGGACAGCGGAGGGACGGCGGCGGAGCAGAGCCGGAACAGCACCCUGAUAGCGUUGCAGGAGACGGUGAAGAGGAAGUUGGAGAGCGCUAGUUCCCCGCUGGGCAGAGAUCAGGUCAACGGUUUCAGCGACGGCUUCCCCCCCAACAAGAAGGCCUGCCUCGACAACGGCACCGCCAACGGCUCCCCACUGGACUCCAAGCUCGGGAUCACCGACUCGCUCAACUCCAACGGGACCCACGGGCCGGCAGGGGACUCGACGGACGGCGGGGAGCCAGAGUUCCUUCGGAAGGAGAUGAAGCAGGAGCCGGAUGACAUCCUGCCCAUCAUGCCGCCGUCAGGCGGAGGCAACAACAACAGCCUGUUCCCUGACCUCAACCUGAACGAGCAGGAGUGGAGGGAGCUGAUGGAGGAGCUGAACUGCUCCGUGGCCUACGAGGACAUCCAGGACAUCCUCAACGACGGCUUCGAGGAUCGCAAAGACCCUCUGGAGCUGGCACCAACUCCCGGUGGUGCUGGAGCGGUGGGAGGAGGAGCAGGAGGAGCAGCAGGUGGGGGGGGACAGUCCUCCCAGGGCCUUCUUCCUCUGGACUUGGGCAGCGUGAAGGCGGAGUUCUCCCCCGCCUCCUUCGAGCAGGUGCAGGACUCUCACACCGGCUCCCCCCACGUCAGGUCCACGUCUUCCGGGCCUCCUCCUCACCCCACCAGUUCCCCUGUCGCCUCCUCCUCCGCCUCAUCCCCAGCUAUGCCCCCAUCCCAGCCAGCUCCUCCCCCCAGGCAGCUCCAACCUCCCCCCAACCAUCUACUCCCUCCGGGCCCCCCGGUGCCCAAAGACCUGUCCCCCGCCCAGCAGCUCCAGCAGCUGGCCGCCCAGCAGCAGAGAGCCCAGCACCUCCACAGCCAGCUGCAGCACAAACAGCCACAACCGGGGGCCAAGUUCCACACCCAGGGGCCUCAUGCCCACCCCCAGGCUUGGCCCCAGAUGGCCAACCCCUCCCAGAGCCCACUAGGGGGCCCAUUUGGCAUGGACAAGCCCACAAGCCCCUCCCUGUACCCACAGGACUUCAACCCCAACGCCCAGAAGCAGCUGCUGAUGCCCAAUCAGCCCAACAAGGGCUCUCCCAAGGCGGGGGCCGGCAGCUACAUGCCGGGGCCCGCCGGACACCCCAACAUGAUGGGUCACCCGGCUCCGGGGCCACCUCUUAGCCACCCGCCGGCACCAGGGGCCCAGGCCUCGGCUGCCAUGCUGAACUACAACAACACCAAACCUCUGUCGCACUUUGAGGCGGGGCCUGGGCCGCCGCGGCCCCCCAACACUCAGAGCCAGAACAAGGCGGCCCUGCUGUCGCUGCUCAGACAACAGCAGCAGAUAAAGCAGAAGAACUUCCGCCAGCAUUUAGCCCACACACAGGACCAGAACACCUACCCGGCUCCUCCGCACGGCCCGGGUCCCGCCAACGCCAUGACGUCGGCGCCCGGAAACAACGCCAUGUCGGCCCAGCCCGGGGCGAACGCCAUGGCAGGUAACCACGGUAACGCAGCGUACCUGAGCAGCCAGGCGGCGGUGGCGGCGGCACUGAAACAACAGCAGCAACAACAACAGCAGCAUCAGCAGCAGAUCCUGGAGCAGCAGAAGCAGCAGCAGCAGCAGUACAUGCAGAGACAGCAGCUCAUGGCUGAACAGGAGAAGCAGCGGCAGCAGGACCAGCAGCUGCAGAGACACCUGACCCGACCUCCCCCCCAGUACCAGGACCAGCCGGGACAGCCGGCCAAUCAGAACCCCUUCCCACAGCAGCCAGUCAACCAGUUUACAGCUUCCUCUCAGCCAAUGGGCAGUGUCGGUUCCAUGGGAGGCCCCGCCCCCGGAUCCCAGCGCAUGUUUCCUCAGAAUCAAGGCAUGAUGGGUAUGAACCUUGGUCAGGGCGGGGGGCCGGCAGGUGGCGUGGCUCCGCCCCCGGCGGGGAGUCAGGCUGACCUCAGUCUGUCGUCCUGCGGCGGCGGAGGGGGCGGGGCCGGCGUGGACGUCCAGCAGGUGCUGUACAACAACAUGAACCUUCACCCCUCCCACCAAGGCCACCCGCCCCCCCAGGCCGGCCUGCAGCGCCAGCCUCUGGGCUCCAUGACGGCCCCCUACAGGCAGAGCCUUCUGGCUCAGCAGCAGCAGCACCUGAAGGCGCAGCCCAACGCCGCCAUGUUGAAGCAGCAGCAGCUGGCGGCCGCCGCCCGCAUGCCGGGCGCCAUGCAGAACAGUAUGGGGGGUAACCUGCCGGGCUCCAUGCCCGGCGGCAUGCAGGGCGCUCAGAGCGCCGCCUGGCAGCAGCAGCUCGCCAACCAGCCGCCCUCCAGUAACGCCAACCUGCCCCCCAACGCCUUCAGCAACAACCCCAACGCCUUCCACAUGCAGCAGUCUCGCAUUCCCAAGAUGCCACCCGGCGCCGGAGCCUUCGGCGCCAACCCCGGCGGUCGGCCGAUGGGCGGUCUGAACCCCGGGCAGCAGAUGAUGCAGACAAACAUGGCUGCCACCCAGCAGAGGGCGCCGCCCAACCCUCAAAGCCUGGGCCAGCCGAUGGCCAACCAGCAGCAGACUCAACAACAACAGGCCAAUCAGAACCAGGCCGUCCUCCCAGACCUGGCCGCGUUCGGACAGCCGCAGGGCAACGGUCGCCAGGGACUGCAGUGUAACCAAGGAUACCAGGUGAGCAGGACUGCCAACCAGCAGCAGCAGCAGCAGGUGUCGUUCGGCUACAACGUGGCGUCGGGGAGUUUCGCCCCCGAGAGCGAGCUGGUGGACUCGCUGCUGAAAGGUCAAAGCACGCAGGAGUGGAUCGCCGACCUGGACGAACUGCUCGCCAGCCACCACUAGUUCCACACCUGCCUGCACCUGCUGAGACGCUGCACUGCUGCACCUGCACUACGCAAACACCUUGAACAAGACGAACGCAGGGCGGCUCCGUUCUGAUCUGUCCAUGUUUGUUAAAGAUCCAAGACAGGAAGUGGUGUGUUAGAGAGAAACGAGCAGCAGUCAGCUGACGGUGAAUGUCUGUGAGUUUGUUGUGAACAUCCUGCUGGCUGCUAAACUCAUGAAGGUUGUUGUGUUGUUUUUCCUUCCCCUGUAUGACGGGACCAGAUUAUGUCCCGACACGGUUUGGUUUACCUGCUGGUGGAGAAGACAUCAGAGGGGCCGUCAGAGCCUCGAUUACUCACUUGUUAGAGGUUUUUUUGCUCAAAGACAUUUGGGUAGAGCAGAGCCAGAUUCUGGAGGUUUUAAAAUAAAUGAAAACCAUCUCCGGUCAGAAAUACAAGCAGUUCAGUCACAGAUGAGCUCACGUUCUGAAUCCACUUCAUUCCAAAAGCAGCGAGACCUUCUACGAGUCGUCUGAUUGGUCCGUUAGAUCCACAGAGCAGGAAGUUCCUGCUGCUGUUCAUCAAACUGAGAGUUUGAAACCAGUUUUAAAGUCGGCUGAACAGUUCAACUAGUGUCAUCCUCUUGGACGUCGCAGUGUUUUCAUAUAUUAGGUUCAAUUAUUCAAUCAAUCAAUCAAUCAAUCAAUCAAUCAAUCAGUGUGUCCUGAUUCCACACUGUAAACAUUAUGGAGAUAUUGAUCGGGGAGGUUUUGACUUUAUAAAACAAACUGAACCAAAAACGAAGAAAUGACAGAAAAGCAAUAUAUUUCUGUUUUAUUAUGAUAUUGAGAUUUAUCAUAAGAUGAAGGUUCGAUUGAUCAAUAACUGCUGAUUGAUUAAAUAACCAGACAGGAAUGUUUGGUUUCAGUUAUAAAUGAGUUGAAUAUAAAAACUGACAGUUUUUCAUCAUGUUGAUGAAAAAACAAUCUAUAAACUAACUUAAUGUCCUAAAACGUUCAGAUUUAAAGGUUUAUUCACAACACGAAGACGAGGAAGACGAGGGUGCUGCGCUUCUACGCCGCAGUCUUCAUCACUUUAGGUUUUUCAUCCUACAAGUUAUAACGCUGACGUCGCUCGCAGCAGAUUUCUACGUUUUCUAACAAACAUGGAAGCUGCGUCUGCCUGCUGAUCUGAUCUUCCUCUGAUCUUCAUCAGUCCAGGUAGAUGUUAUUAGUUUCACAUCUGAUCGUUCCAGCGGUGAUCAGUAGGUCAAAGUUCAACACGUUACAAAGUAAAAGCUUGUGAAUACGCCUUUAAUGGAGUCACAAUCAAGUAGCAACUUCACCAGCAAAACAACAACAACAAAAAACAUCAUUUCAUUUCUCGUCUUUUAAACUGACUUCAGUUUUUCUUCCAGCCGUGUUCAUUCGUCUCUGCAGCAGGUUAACAGGUUAACAGCUGUUCCAGCUCCUCUAACCGGUUACUUCCUGCUGUUCUUUGUCAAACGUGACGGUAAAGUAAAGUAAAAUAGUUCCAACGGGCAUUUUUCACUAUUCUGUCAUUUUACAGACACUAAUCUUCAGAUUAAUCAUCAUUUUAAUGAAUCAAUCCAGUAGUUUCAGGUGUGCAGGAAGUGAGACGCUGCAGAGUUCAGACAUGUUAGUCUGAAUGUGACUCAGCUGAUUCCAUUAUUAUUAUUAUUAUUAUUAUUAUUAUUCACAAACACACAAAUGACAUCUUAUGUUGAAAAUUUAACAGAUAAAGUGUCGCUCAAUGUGCCGCAUCGUACAACUGAAUUCUAACAACAAAUAACUGGAGGUGAUAAACACGAACACACACACACACACACACACACACAUAUAA